AAAUUAAAUUACGUAGACUGUUUACAUAUGAGUACUCAUGACGAACCCAACUUUUGCACGAGCCACCUUCUUCUCCGUCUCCCUACUGCCCGCUCUCCGCUCCGCCGCCACCUCCGCCGACGUCCGUCUCCUUCGGCGCGUCCAUGCGUCCAUCAUCACUUCCGGCGCUUCCGCGGACCGGUUCGUCGUCAACAACCUCAUAACUGUGUACUCCAAAUGUGGCUCCCUCUCCUUGGCCCGUCGCCUGUUCGAUCAAACGCCCCACCGGGACUCCGUCACCUGGAACUCUCUCCUCUCCGCUUACGCCCUCCACGGCCAUUCCUCCGAUGCCUUUCGCCUCUUCCACCUCCUCCUCUGCUCUCCCUCCGUGCCCCCCACCCACCUAACCUUCACUCCCCUUUUCAAGCUCUGCUCGGCUUCCUCUGAUCUCAUCCCCACAGCGCAAGCACUUCAUUCCAUGGUCAUCAAGAUUGGUCUCGCUUCUGAUGAGAUGGUGUCCAGUGCUUUGGUAAAUAUAUACUCCAAGUAUGGUUUUUUACGAGAGGCUCGUUAUAUAUUUGAUAAAAUGGAAGAACGGGAUGUGGUGUUGUGGAACAUCAUGAUCAAGAGUUACAAUCAAUUGGGUCUUGUCCAAGAAGCCUGCUUUUUGUUCGCCGAGUUACAUCGAAGUGAAGUCUUGCGUCCUGAUGAUAACACUGUUCGGUGCAUUCUUCUGGUUCAGAGAUCAGAUGAACUAUUUGAGCAAAUUCAGGCAUAUGGUAUUAAGAUAUGUUUCUUGGAAGACUUUUAUGAUGUCUUAAGUCGGAACAAGUUAAGUUCUGACCUUGUCAAGGCUGGAGAUUAUCUUACAGUUCUGAAGAACUUUAUAGAGAUGGCCAGGUUGAAUUUAAAUUAUGACAAUGUGACAUUCGUGAUUGUACUGAGUGCCGUUGCUAAUGGAGAGCAUUUUGAAGUAGCUGAACAGUUACACGGAUUGAUCAAGAAGUUGGGGAUGUGUUCAGAUGUUUCUGUAUCAAAUAGUAUUUUAAACAUUUAUGCUAAAAUGGGUAGCUUGAAUCGUGCAAGGCAGAUAUUUGAGGAGAUGGAAGAGUUGGACUUGGUUUCAUGGAACACGAUGAUAUCGGUGCUUGCACAGAAUUUCAGGGAGGUAGAAUCUGUUGAACUUUUCAUAGAAAUGUUAAGUCUUGGAUUGCUUCCUGAUCAGUUUACUUUAGCAAGUAUUCUUAGAGCUUGCUCGGGGAUUACCAUAAGUAGUUCCUUGCAUGAACAAAUUCAUGGUUUUUUGCUAAAGCAAGGCCAGAUUAAUGACAUCUUUGUAUUGACUGCAUUAGUUGAUGCACAUGCUAAGAGGGGCAGGGUGGAAGAAGCAGAGAUCCUCUUUAGAGGGAUGGAUUCAUUUGAUCUGACUUUUUGUAAUGCCCUACUUGCGGGUUAUGUGGCAAAUAAUAAUUCUAGAAAAGCUUUAGACUUAUUCCGUUUAACAAUAAAAGCCUGUGAAAGACCAAAUGAUUUCACUUUAGCAACUGUUCUCAAAGGUUGCAGUAAAUUAGUUGCUCUCAAACAAGGACAGCAAGUCCAUGCAUUUGCAAUAAAACUUGGUUUUGUUUCAGAUAUGUGUGUCAGCAGUGGGAUACUAGACAUGUAUGUUAAAUGUGGCCAUGUCAAUGAUGCAACUUCAGUCUUCGGUGACAUCUCUACACCAGAUGAUGUUGCUUGGACUGCAAUGAUCUCUGGAUGCGUGGAGAAUGGAGAUGAGGAGUAUGCCCUUAAUUUGUACCACCAAAUGAGGCAGUCUGGGGUCAGGCCUGAUGAAUAUACUUUGGCCUCACUAAUUAAGGCUUGCUCUUGCUUGGCUGCAUUAGGUCUAGGAAAGCAAAUACAUGGAAAUGUUAUCAAGUUUGGUCGUUCAGCUGACCCUUUUGUAGGGACUACUGUGUUGGAUAUGUAUGCAAAAUGUGGAAACAUCGAGGAUUCGUUGUGUCUAUUCGAGAGGAUGAUCCCCACAAAUAUAGCCUCCUGGAAUGUUCUGUUACUUGGUCUUGCUCAACAUGGUAAAGGAAAAGAGGCUCUUAACCUUUUCAAGCAUAUGAUAUUGCAGGGCUUGCAACCUGACAAGAUCACACUUUUAGGUGUCCUCUCGGCUUGUAGUCAUUCAGGGUUGGUCUCUGAGGCUUAUGGAUACUUUAACUCCAUGCGUAAAGAUUAUUGCAUAGAGCCUGAAGUAGAGCACUAUUCUUGCCUCGUGGAUGCCCUUGGUCGUGCAGGUCUUCUUCAGGAUGCAGAAGAGAUAAUGGAAACAAUGCCUUUCAAUGCUUCAGCACCCAUGUAUAGAGCACUGCUUGGUGCUUGCAGGAUUCAAGGAAACAUGGAUAUUGGACAAAGGAUCGCAACUAGGCUUUUGGAGCUUGAACCACUUGAUUCUUCUGCAUAUAUUCUUCUUUCAAAUAUAUAUGCUUCUGUAAAUAGAUGGAAUGAUGUAAACGAAGCCAGAAAAACUAUGUCAAACAUGAACAUCAAAAAGGAUCCCGGCUCUAGCUGGAUCGAGGUGAAGAGCAAGAUCCAUUUGUUUGUAGCAGAUGAUGUAUCUCAUCCUGAAAUAGCUGCAAUAUACCAGGAGCUAGAAGAUUUGAUCAGAAGAAUCAAAGACAAGGGUUAUAUCCCUGAUACCCACUGUGUGCUUUUAGAUGUGCUGGAAGAAGAGAAGGAGCGAACACUUUACUACCACAGCGAGAAACUUGCAAUUGUUUAUGGUCUUAUAAGUACCCCAGCAUCAUCAAGAAUUCUAGUGAUAAAAAAUCUUCGGGUUUGCGGGGAUUGUCAUAAUGCAAUCAAAUAUAUAUCGAAUGUUGCAACAAGGGAAAUUGUGUUAAGAGAUGCGAGCCGGUUUCAUCUCUUUAAAGAUGGAGCAUGUACUUGUGGAGACUAUUGGUGACCAUCAUUUUUUUUCUUUCUUGAAAGAUGGAAUGAACAGCAUGCAUGAAGCACAAACAAGAUCACUUAAUUAUUUGAAGCUCGCAUGGAGUUGGGGCUGACUUGUAAAUAGUUGGGUUGCAACUGUUGCUGCUGCUGAUGGUGGAGUCGGGGCUGAUUCUUUGCCAUGACAUACAUACUAUUCUCUCAGUCCAUAUUUCUGAAGAUACGAGAGAAGGGAAGAAAGACGGAUAUAAAAUGAAGAGAAAGAAAGCUGAUAGAAAUGCAUGUAUCUUGGUUGACCACCACAGAUAUUCAUCAUACCUUACAGGCCAAUGCAAAGGGAAGAUGAGGGUGGCACAAAAUUUGCUUGAGGUGUAUCUAAGGAACCCUGAACUGAUGUAGUGAUCACUGAAUACCACCCAAUUCUUUUGAAUGCCAGUGGAGGGGCCUCGAAUCUGAGCAUGCCAAAACUCCAGCUGCAGUCGAGAGAUACACCGUGAUCCAAUGGAAGAUGUGGCGGAGCAACAACAGCCUUCAGUCAUUUGAGGUGCAAGGAUUUGAGGACUUGGGCUUCAUCGAUAGAUUUAGACUUGGCAUUGAUAGAAGAAGAGUUAAUGGUGAUGGAAUAGAACAGUUUGUUUCUUAUCUUUGUUGCACCGAUGAUCUUGUUGGAUGACUGAAGAAGUUUAUACUAAAUAAACAUUAGGUUAACUGGUUCGAUACUAUAAAAUUCUCGACUUCACAGUUUG